AUGGUAAUCACCACACAUUUUAUUGAUUCAGAAUGGAAUUUGCAUAAAAGAAUUCUCAACUUUUGUCAAGUUGCUAACCACAAGGGAGAGACUAUUGGCAAGAUUAUUGAGAGUUGUUUAUUGAAAUGGAGAAUGGAUAAGGUUUUCUCUGUCACAAUUGAUAAUGCAAGUUCCAAUGAUAUAUCUAUUUCAUAUAUUAUGAAAAGGCUUAGAAGUUGGAAUUCACUUGUCUUAGAUGGAGAAAUAUUACAUAUGAAGUGUUGUGCUCACAUAAUUAAUUUGAUUGUGAAUGAAGUGCUUAAAGAAAUGCAUGACUCCAUUUCUAGUGUUCGCAAUGCCGUGAGGUAUGUUAGAUCAUCCCCCAAGAGAUUGACAAAAUUUAAGGAUCGUGUUGAACAAGAAAAAAUUAAAUGUAAAGCACUUGUUUGUUUGGAUGUGGCGACUCCAUGGAAUUCCACUUAUUUGAUGCUUGAUCAUGCGUUGAAAUUUGAAAAAGCUUUCAAAGUAUUAGAGGAUGAAGAAUUAGAUUAUGUUGAUUAUUUCAAAGAGGGGGAUCAUGGAAACAAAAGAACAGGGCCACCAACCAUUGAUGAUUGGAAAAAUGUUGGGGUGUUUGUAAAGUUUUUGAAGGUUUUCUAUGAUGUCAAUGCCAAGAUGAGUGGUUCUUUAUAUGUGACUUCUAAUUCUUAUUUUCAUGAACUUUGGGGUAUUCGAGAACUUUUAAUUCAGUGGAGUACAAAUGUGAACUCUGUUUUAAGUAACAUGAGUUCAAAUAUGAAAGUUAAGUAUGAGAAAUAUUGGGGCUCAGUGGAAAGAAUUAAUAAGUUGAUAUUCAUAGCAGUGGUACUCGAUCCUCGUUACAAAUUGGAUUACAUAUCAUUUUGCUUUUCGAAUAUCUAUGAAGAUGCUAUGGCUAAAGUGAUGGUGGAUGGCAUAAAGAAUUAUUUAAUUCGUUUGUAUGAUUACUACAAGUUUUAUAAUAAUGCUCAAGAUCACAAUCAAUCUAAAUCAAGACUCACUUCUAACUCCAUGAGUAUGAAGAUGGACACAAUUGAUGAAGAGAAUUUGAGUGGUUCAAUAUUAGUAUUAUCAAGAUACAAACGAAGAAGAGAAGAGCAACAUUCACUCGAGUUAAAGAAUGAUGUGGAUCGAUAUUUAUCUGACCCUAGUGAAGAAGUUGAUGAUAAUUUUGAUGUUUUGGCAUGGUAG